AUGACUAUCACCACCACCACCCCCGCUCGAAAGAAGAUUACUAUCCUCGGUUCCGGCGUCACCGGGCUGACCAUCGCUAUGGAGCUCUGCAAGGACUACGAAGUCGAGAUACUUGCCCGCGACAUGCCCAACGAUCCCGACUCACUCGGCUGGUCUUCCCCGUGGGCGGGCGCUAUCUGGUUUGGGCUCGACGGCUCCAACGCUUGGGAACAGGCAAUGCAGAGAGUGAGCUAUAGGAAAUUCAUUGCUCUCGCCGAGAAGGAGCCCGAGUCGAGCAUCGUGAAGACUGGCUUUUAUGACUAUCAAGACAAGUAUGACAAGCCGGAUGAGACGCACUUGUGGUACACCGACUUGCCUGGGUUUCGAUACGUUACCGGCGACGAGGACAGGACCAAGAAAGGCAUUACCAUGUUCUACCAAUCCAUCGUUCUCAACCCUCACAAAUACCUGCCCUACCUCCGCCAAAAGCUCGAAUCCCAGGGUUUGACCUUCACCCGACACCACUCCUCCUCCCUCUCUUCCACUCACGCCGCUCACCCCUCCGACCUGCUUAUCAAUGCUACCGGCAACGGCUCCAAAUUCCUCAUCGACGUCAAUGACCAGAACUGCGAGAUGGUGCGCGGGCAGGUGAUGUUGGUCAAGUGUGACGCCAAGGACGUGCACAUCAGGCAUGGCGACCAGUACACGUACGUGCUUCCCCGAGGGGAUGGAACGGCAGUCUUGGGGGGCAUCAAGGAGACUAGUCUAGAGCCAGCCCCGCAGGAUUCCCUUCGUCGCGACAUCCACAAGCGCUGCCACGAGCUCCUCCCCGAACACAUCCCCGCCUCCUUCUCCGACCUCGAAAUCAUCCGCGACCAAGUCGGUUUCCGUCCCCAGCGCAACGGCUCCGUGAGGCUCGAGGCCGAGCAGAAAAAAGGGUUCAAGGUCGUGCAUGCUUAUGGUGUUUCGGGAGGAGGGUUCGUGUAUUCGUGGGGCGUGGCGGCUGAAGUAGCCAAGGUGGUCGAAACGACUCUAACCGAGUAG